CGUUGUCAGCAUGCACUUAUAAGCAUUUCAUCCUAAUUACUCUAUGGUCAGUUACUAGAUUAGAACUAACAGCAAUCUUUCACAAAGUACAUGCUUUCCUCCUCUUGUGAUCACAUUAAAAACACUAGGUAACUAAGUAGCUAACAGUCUCAAAGAAAGAACUAUUGAUAAAUAUAGAGAGACUGAUAAGUAACCCAUCUACCUACUUCGCACAUUAAAGAUGUCUGCAACUCCACUGGAAGAAAAUCCAAAGGAGAAAAUCUCUACUCAAGAUCAAGAAAAGGCAACACCUUCAUCAUCUCCAUAUAUCAUUCUAAGAUGGCCAACGAAUCUCAGAAGAACCAUCCUUACAGAGCUACAAAAACAAAGAGGUAUAUGUAUUCCUUUAGUGGCCAUGAAUUUAACAUGGUUUUUGAAAAUAGCUGUAACGACGGCGUUUUUAGGCCGGCUCGGAGAACUAAAACUAGCUGGUGGAGUUCUCGGUUUAACGUUCGCUAAUGUUACCGGAUUCUCUGUUUUGAAUGGAUUAUGUGGAGCCAUGGAACCUAUUUGUGGUCAAGCUUUUGGAGCUAAAAACUAUAAGCUUCUUCACAAGACUCUUCUCAUGACUACCUUUCUUCCCUUACUCGCAACACUUCCUAUUUCCUUUUUGUGGAUUCAUGUUGAUAAGAUCUUAAUUCACUUUGGCCAACAAAGAGAUAUAUCAAUUGUAGCUAAAGAUUAUCUUAUGUUUCUUCUUCCUGACUUGUUUGUUACUUCAUUUCUUUGUCCUCUUAGAACCUACUUGAAUUCUCAAGGUAUAACAAUUCCUAACAUCGUAACAUCUGCUCUAGCCUUAGCUCUUCAUGUUCCUCUCAACAUCUUCUUAUCGAGAUCGAAGGGUCUUCAAGGAGUUGCAAUGGCUGUUUGGUUAACCGAUCUUUUCAUUGUGAUUUUUCUGGCUGUAUAUGUUUCCCUGACAGAGAAAAGAAAAGGAGAGAGAUGGAAAGAAGGGGGUUGGCUGGAUCAAAGAAUCCAUGACUGGGUUAGAUUGGUAAAGCUCUCUGGAUCAUGCUGUCUAACAACUUGUCUUGAAUGGUGGUGCCUUGAGAUCUUAGUCCUACUAACUGGACGAUUACCUGAUGCUGAACGAUCCGUUUCAGUGUUAGCAGUAGUGUUAAAUUUCGAUUACCUACUAUACUCGGUCAUGUUAUCACUAGCCACUUGUGCGUCGACGCGUGUCUCUAAUGAACUCGGAGCAAACCAGGCUCAGAUUGCUUAUGAAUCAGGUUAUGUUUCUUUGGGUGUUGGCGUCUUUUCUGGUUUCAUUGGUGGUUCUGUAAUGCUAGCUGCCAGAGGAAUUUGGGGACCUAUAUUUACCCCUAAUAAAGUAGUUGUAGCAGGUGUGAAGAGAAUUAUGCCACUAAUGGCAGUGGUGGAGUUAGUUAAUUUUCCAGUGGCAGUUAUCGGAGGAAUUGUGCGAGGAACUGCUCAACCGUGGUUAAGUAUGUAUGCGAAUCUCCGAGGGUUUUACUUGAUGACUCUGCCUCUAGGUGUGAUCUUAGCUUUCAAAGCUGGGAUGAAUUUAAGUGGUUUACUGCUGGGAUUUUUAGUUGGGAUGAUUUCUUGUUUGUUGCUGUUGCUAGUUUUUGUUCUGAGGAUUGACUGGGUUAAGGAAGCUGAUAAAGCACAUAAACUUGCUUCUGUCAUGGAAGAAGAGGUUUCUACUGCAGGUAGGAGUUAGGACUCUUGUAAAAAUGCAUAUUGUCUGUAAGUGAGAAAUCACUUGAUUCUUAUUUGAUGAACAAAAUUCUGUUUCAUAUAAA